AUGGAGCCUGCGUUUGAUGGGUCGACCAGUGUGACCUCGUUCCUGGAAGAGGCUGAGUACCUUGCCGAGGCUAGAAAGAAAUUGACCGUAAAGCGACCGAACGAGGAGGAGCAGAGUCUCAUCAACGAACCACAUCUUACCUUCCGAAAUUCCCCACCGACCGUCAAACCGAUUGGAAUGAACCUGAACACUACGAACCGCACCGAACCGUCCGAAAAACCGAAACCAUCCCAAAGCUCUGCAGCACCUCAGCGACGAGACGAACCAAAAAAAUCUGACCGACCGCCAACCGAGCCACAGUGUUGGAGAUGUGGUAAAAGGGGUCAUCUCCGAUCACAAUGCACCUCGAAGCCGCUGCUGUUCUGCUCUCGAUGUGGAGACAAGGAGUACGCUGCACUCUUGGACACCGGAGCUACCAGGUCCUUCAUCAGCAGUGAAGUGGCCGCCUACUGUAAGGUAGUUGGUAUACAACCGGAUUAUGUUAGAGACGUUACCACCACUGUCGCUAACGGAAGUUCCAUACCCAUUAGAGAAAUAUAUACCACACCGAUCCGGAUUGGGCCUGAAAUUCUGGAAGCUAAAUUGUUAUUAGUUUCAGAUCUACCUGUCGAUGUGGUCCUGGGAAUGGAUAUACUGAGGACACACAAUUUUUCAGUCAACCUGCAAACCGCCGAAUGUUUCCUGAAUGGAAGGUCUAUCCGAGCCCGUCCCAGUGAAUCAGAGAACCGAGGACAGUUACAUACGAUAGGACCGCUUUUGACGUCCCUGAGUGGAGAAGAGAAAGUCCGACUGGAAGAGUUCUUGCAAACCAAAUUGAAGGCAUUCGAAGACCUCCGAGGAACCACACCCCUGAUCCAACACCGUAUUAAACUCAAACCAGGCACCGAACCCAUCAAGCAGCGUUAUCGUCCUCAAAAUCCGAAGAUGCAGGAAAUAAUAAACCAGGAAGUUGACCGAAUGUUGGCCGAAGGCAUCAUUGAACCGUCCUCAUCUCCGUGGAGCUCACCAAUAGUAAUUGUCCAGAAAAAGGAUGACUCUGAAGCAGAAAUUGACACAAUCACCGGUAUUGGCCUGUCCGGACUUUUCGAAACCUUUGUCCUUCAAACCGAUGCUUCAGAUGCAGGACUGGGAGCUGCUGUGACACAGACCGUUGAUGAACAGGAAAGAGUUAUAGCUUAUGCUAGCAGGACCUUGUCAGGUCCAGAGAAAAAUUACUCUGUUACAGAAAAAGAAUGUUUGGCAAUAGUGUGGACCAUUGACAAGCUGCGACCGUAUCUGGAAGGCUACCGUUUCACCGUUAUAAACGACCACAUGAGUCUGCGAUGGCUACAAUCUAUCAAGUCUCCCACCGGAAGAAUUGCGAGAUGGAGCAUAUUUCUACAACAAUAUGACUUCGAUAUAAAGUACCGGAAAGGAACCCUUAACCGUGUAGCAGACAGUCUGUCCAGAAAUCCGUUACCGUUACCGACCGAGACCAUCUGUCUGACCGAGGAUACUGUAAGUUGUACAUGGUACAGGAGGAAAUUGGCCGAGGUAAGAGCGAAUCCCGCAGCGUUUCCCGAUUACACUAUUGUGUCCGGAAAAUUAUACCGUUACUUUUGGGAUUCAGAUGACUUUACCGAGCCGGAAUUCGGAAAUCCGUGGAAGUUAUGCGUUCCAAGGGAAGACCGAAUAGAUAUUUUACAGGAAAACCACGACCGACCGACCGCUGGACACCUGGGGAUAGCGAAAACCAUAUCUCGAAUAGCCCGGAACUACUAUUGGCCAGGAAUGUUCAGAGAAAUAGCCCGUUAUGUCCGUAGAUGUGGUACGUGUCAGAGAUACAAGGUUCCACAACAGAAGCCACCGGGGAAAAUGCAUCCGUAUAUGGACCGAUUUUCGAAAUGGGUAGAAGCCAGGCCCUUGAGAAGAGCAACCGCAAAGGGUGUGUACCAGGCUUUGUACGAGGAUGUAAUCCUGAAGUUUGGAUGCCCGAAAACCGUCAUUAGUGAUAAUGGAUCCCAGUAUGAUAGCCGGUUGUUCAAGGGAAGUUUACGAGAUCUUGGGAUCCGACACCGUUUUGCACCAGUGUAUUCUCCCCAAUGUAACCCCGUAGAAAGAGCCAACCGUACCCUUAAAAUCAUGAUAGCUCAGUUCUGUGGAAAGGAUCAGCGUACCUGGGAUGAGCAUCUGAAGGAGUUGACCUUCGCAAUAAACUCUGCAAGGCAGGAGUCGACCGGAUACACCCCAGCGUUCCUGAAUUUUGGUAGGGAGAUGCGUUCACCGAACGCCAAGUAUGUAGCUGAGAUGGCCAACCGGGAUGAAAAGGAUCACACCGAACCGGACACCGAACCGCAGAUUAGCCCAAGCUUUCUCCCAGCAGAGCCACUACUACAAUCUACGCCGGAGGGACUAGCGAUGCAGAAUAAGAGACCAGGUGUACCGAAGGGAGCAUCCCUCAUCUUCUGCAGUAGAGGGAAUUGCCGCCAAAUUGGCCCCGAAAUAUUCCGGUCCAUAUACCGUUGUCAAAGUAAUCUCUCCGGUAGUGUAUAACAUCAAGGAUGGCGGUGGUAAGGUUUUCCGACAUGUUCAUAUUAAAGAUCUGAAGCCCUCUCUUGAAGAGGGGUUGUCUGAAAUAUAAAUACCGUUACUAACCGUAUAGUAGUACCGUUCAAAGCGAACAG